CCUGAAUAUAUAACUCUUCGGAAGUAACAAACUGUAUUCCUGCGGUAGCGAAGAUGCGUAACUAGUCGUGACCAACAUACCUUAUUCUGUCAACGUAUCUAUUCGCGUUAAACUUUUGCUUUGACUGUGUUCAUUCCUUUCGACUACAGUUUACUUGUGAGCACCUCCUCACGUUUCCUAGGCUGCCAGAACAGUCGCCGAACGUUAAGUAUCUUGAGAGCCCUGUGAUCUGAAGUACUGUAGUUAUUACAUUCCCUUUACAACUAGAAGGGUGCCCGUCGGGUUAGCCGUCUUCUACAGAUUUGCGGCGCCGCUUGGUGCAGCGGUUGACCCGGUUACAAUUGUUGGGAAGGCACCACCAUGGCGGCCGGGACGUCACCACCGGGUGGCUUAAGCUUCGACGAUGCCUUGACGAAAUACGUCGGCGAGUUCGGACGAAGUCAGAUUCGGACGAUGUUAAUAGCAUCUCUCUUUUGGGUCGGCAACGCUCUGCUCAUUCUCCUCAUGGUCUUCCACGCCUCACCAUCACCUAUCAAGGAGCACUGGUGGCAUUGCAACGACGCCAACGAUUCACGAUGUACCGAGGUGUUCGCCCUCAAGGACCCUACACGUGAAGUGUGUGACCUUCCCCGCGAUUCUUGGUCAUGGACGCAGCCAUCCAAGUCCAUUAUCAGCCAGUUCAACCUGAUCUGUGGUGCCGCCUGGAAGAGCCAGUUCGCCAAUUCUGGCUUCUUCAUGGGCUAUCUUAUUGGCAGCGGCUAUUUUGGAGGCCUUGCCGACACCCGCGGCCGCAAGCAAGUCCUCUUCGGCUGCACCGCCAUAGGCGCCCUCUUCACCAUGGCCGCCGGCCUGUCCCCCAACUACAUCGCCUACUUCAUCUUCCGCCUCAUCACUGGCAUCGGCGCGGCGGGCCAGGCGCUCACCACCUACAUCCUAGCCACCGAGAGCAUCGGGCCCUCCUGGCGCGGCACUGCUGGGGUGGCCACCCAGCUGUUCUUCAUCGCGGGUGAAUUCCUGCUGGUCCUGGUCGCCUACGUCGCCCGCCCCUGGCGCUCCCUCUGCUUCACCUGCUCCGUCCUCAACGCCGUGCUGCUGCUGCUGUGGCCCACCCUCUCCGAGUCCCCCCGCUGGCUGCUGGUCCGUGGUCGUCGCGAGGAAGCCACCGCCAUCAUCGCGCGCAUCGCAGCCGUCAACGGCCGUGCCAUGCCCUCCGAGCCCCUCGCCGCUGCCGACCCAGAUCCCUCACCCGCCGCCGCCGCCGCAACCGCUGCUGCUGCUGUAGCCGUCGAGGAGGGCGUUCCCCUCAAGUCCUCCUCAUCCUCCGCUACUGCUGCUCCUGCUCCUGCUGCGGGUGCGCCCGCUAGCCCCCAGAAGCCGGUUACGCUGACCGCCAUGUUGCGGAAGGACCGCCACAUGCUGCGGCGCUUCCUGGUGCUUGCGUACGUGUGGCUGGUGAUCUGCUUGGCCUACUACGGCAUCUCGCUGGCGCUGGGAGGGUUGCCGGGCUCCAUCUACGUCUCCUUCAUGAUCGCUGCCGCCGCCGAGCUGCCCUCCAACAUCCUGGCCGCCUGGAUGAUCGAGCGCUACGGCCGCCACAACACCAUGGCGGCGGGCAUGCUGCUGGGAGGCGCGGCCUGCCUGGGGUGCGCCUUCGUGCCGCCGGGCAUCGGGUCCUCCGUGCUGGCUGCCAUGGGCAAAUUUGGGUGCGCAGGAGCCUUCACGGUCGCGUCCAUAUUUACGAGCGAGAUGUUCCCGACGCUGGUUCGCAGCGCAGUGCUGGGCGCCGAGAACGAGGCGGCUCGUGUGGGCGGCAUCGCAGCGCCCUUCAUCGUGCUGCUGGGCGCCACAACGGGUCAGGGCGCCAUGCCCUUCAUCAUCUUCGGAGUGGCAUCCCUGGUGGCUGGAGGAGCCAUCUUCACGCUGCCGGAGACGCUGGGAACCACCAUGCCGGAUACCAUGGCGGACAUGGCGGGCAUCCAAUCCAUCUUCACCACCCAGCCCUGGCGCCGCGGCGGCUGGCGUCAGACCCUCCGCGAGAUGUUCCGCACCCACGGCAGCGGCAUCCCCAACAGCAGCGCCCACGGCACUCGCACUCCCCCCCUCGGCACCCCUUCCAAGCACAGCACCGCCCACGCCACACGUACCUCCCCCUCCGUAUCCAUCGAGGCGACAUCUGCCGGAGGCGCCCAUGCGCCUCACCUCGCCAACCACUCUGCUGCUGUCCAUGCGGUGGGGCCCUCGGGACGGUCCCUGGUGGAUUCGGGAGUGGCGAUGGAGGUGGAGGCACUGCACAGGGCCAACGGAAGCGGCUCCGGUGGCGGCGCCGCCGGCGGAAGCAGGACGCAUGGGGAGAUCGAGUUUGGGCGGCACGAAGGCGCGGGUUUGUUGCAUGCGCAACACCCCCACCCCCACCAUCAGCACGCCCACCAUAACCACCUGCAGCGGGAGGAGGAGCGGCACACGCUGCUCAGCCUGGGCACCGCCAAGUCGGAUGUGCACGUGUCCAGCGCGACGCGGCACUCGGUGUCGGGCAACCUGGAGCGUCGUAGUCGCAGCGAGGUGGACCGGUGAUGGGUUUUGCAAGCAUUUCUUCUAAUACUUGGUACAGGUAUUUAAGGGAAUAUCUAGGGUUAUGUGGGGUUAGGAUAAUGUGGGUUGUGUCGGUCGAGGAAUGAGGGGAGGAGCGUGUGGCGCGACGGGGCGUGGCGGCGGUGAACGGGGUUUGUUUUUUAAUUCCGUCAGGUGACAAUGAAGAGCAGAGGGCAUUGAAGAAGAUGCAAAUGAUGGCAGAUGAUGGGCGCGGUAAACGUACGGUGUGUUGGCGAAGGCCUGAAACUGCAUUUGUGGGUGUCUUGGAUGGACAUUGCGUGAAGCGCAUAUAGGGCUGAUGGGGAGAAGUGUCUUGUUCUAGCGAAACGGCUGCCAAUGCACCAUGAAUCUGUUUACCAGGGUUUUGUUUGCAUCGCGUGCCUUGUGUCUUCUUUCCAGUCCAGGGUUGGCUUUACCCGUGGUGGUGACGGUAAGAACCGUGCAUCGGCGUCAGAACAUGUGUGUGAGGUUGUGUUCUUACGUAAAUUGAAGUGUACUUUUGGAGAAUGAUGAUGAUUAAUGCGAGCGUGUGCCGCUGUGUAUCCGCGGCGGCUUCUGGAUUGCAUUGCCUUUCCUCUUCCUUUUCACGGACUAGGUUCUCUUUCAGGAGGGAUCACUGAUCAUGGGGCGCUUCGUGAAACUUAACCUCGUGCUUAAAACCCGGCAGAGACCUUUGGGAGGUUUAUGAAGCCCAUCGUGGGGGGCGUCCUCCGUGACGCGUCAGUUCCCGAUUGGUGUUGCCGGGACCGGCGGCUGACGAUGGUGACUACCCUGGUAGUGUUGUGCAAGUGAGGUAGGGCGGGUAUGGGAUUCAGCUGUCGUUACGAUACCGCAGAAGAUUUUACUGGCAGCAGGAGCGCUGUCGUGUGUACGUGUGUAGAAUUGCCUGCGACUCAUGUGCGCCGGGAACCCCUACACUUUGCUUUUCUAAGCUGCGGCGUGUGGUUGGCUACUGUGGCACAUUGUGUAGUUAGGGGUUUAAAUUCAUGAGGUCAUUUACUUAUGACCAACCGCUUGUCAUAGGCUGUGGUUCUGAAGAGUGCAGGUGGCUUGUCCAUGCGGUUGGCGGUGUAUUGCAUACCCUUUGUAUGCGUGUUAUUGUGCUAGAAAUUCUUGAAUAAGAUCUGAUGCGCCUACACAUAUGUAAAAGGCAAGGGAUAG